AUGACAGCCGACCAAGAGGCCAAGGAGUUCGACAUCUUGGAGAACAACCCAGAGGUCAUGAACGCCUUAGGCGAAAAACUAGGACUCUCCAAGAAACUAGCCUUCUACGACGUCCUCUCACUCGACGAGCCCGAGCUCCUAGCCCACAUCCCGCGCCCUGCCUACGCCCUCCUCGCCAUCAUCCCCUUAACUAAGAGUUGGCAGCGAGACCGCGAAGAAGAGGACGCCAGACUCGGUGACCCGGUCGCCUACUACGACGGUGGCGAAGCCGCGGCAGGCGGAGACCGACCCCUCGUCUGGUUCCAGCAAACCAUCCGCGAAGCCUGUGGUUCGUACGGGUUCGUGCACUGCGCCAUCAACGGCGAGGCGGCCAAGUUCCUGGUGCCCGGCAGCACUCUGGAUAAGCUGCGCACAGCUGCCCUGCCGUUGGCGAGGGACGAGCGCGCAAAGGUGUUGUAUGACAGUGUGGAGUUUGAGGAGGCGCAUAAGUCUGUUGUUGCGCUGGGUGAUACGCCGGAACCUAUUAGGGGAAGCACUAAGCACGCCGGUCAGCACUUUGUUGCGUAUGUUAAAGAGAAUGGACAUCUUUGGGAGUUGGAGGGUUCGCGCGGGGGACCGUUGGAUCGGGGUACGCUGGCGGAGGAUGAGGAUGUGUUGAGCCCUCGGGCUUUGGAGCUCAGCUUGAAGCGUAUCCUGCAGUUGAAUAGGGAUGACCCGGAUGUUCGGUUCAGCUGUACCGUUCUCGCUCCGGCGCAGCCUUGA